AUGGCAGGGGCUGCCCAGGCGCUGCGGGCUGGGGACAGCGAUGGCGGUCCUUCCCCUGACCUGCCUAGGGAUGGGCAGCGGAGAGACCCUGCUGCCUCCAUCACCGCAGAGCGUCCCCAGCGUCCCAGGCUGGGCGAGAGAGCCCGGGCCCUCUGCGUCGGAAGACUGUGCCCAGAAAUAGGUGCGUUUGCCAGGUCCUGCAAUGGCUCGGAGGAUGACGGCGAGCAGGAGAGCCUGCGCCGCGAGGACGCUACGGGGCCGCCCACCGGCUUCUCCCUCAGCCUGCAGCGGCGGGAGGUGCGGGUGCUGCGGUGGGACGCGGGCAGCGAGGCGGUGCGCCCGGCGCCCCCGGCCGCGGGGGAGGCCGAGGCCUUCAGGGAGAACCUGCGGGAGAUGGACCCGUUCCUCGGGCCCUACCCCUACGAGAGCCUGAAGAAGUGGGUCUCCCUCACCAGCUUCAUCAGCGAAGCGGCGAUGAAGAGGCUGCAGCCGGAGAGCGGGCAGAUCUGCGCCUUCUCGGAGGUGCUGCCGGAGGCGGCCGGGCGGGACGCCAGGGACCGGGCCGAGCAGCGCCGGCCCCGCUUCGACGCCGAGUGCCGGAGCUACGCCGAGGGCUUGGCGCGGCUGCCCCGCAUGAGGCCGAAGGCCGGCACCGAGAUCAGGUUCACGGAGCUGCCCAAGCAGAUGUACCCCAGCGGUGCUACUCCGGAGGAGAUAACCCGGCACAGCAUGGACCUCAGCUACGCUCUGGAGAAGGUGAUCAGCCAGCACUACGCCAGCCAGCCGCUGGACCUGCUUGCUGAGUUGCAGUUUGCUUUCAUCUGCUUCCUGAUCGGGAAUGUAUAUGAUGCAUUUGAGCACUGGAAAAGGCUCUUAAACAUCCUGUGCCGAUCUGAAACUGCCAUAGGGAAGUAUCAAGACCUUUACAUCAAUCUCAUUUCUGUGCUGUAUCACCAGCUCGGUGAAAUCCCAGCUGAUUUUUUUGUGGACAUUGUCUCCCAGGACAACUUCCUAACCAGCACCUUACAGGUGUUUUUUUCCUACACGUGCAGUGCUGCUGUUGAUGGGACCCUAAGGAAAAAGGCUGAAAAAUUCAAGGCUCACCUAACGAAGAAAUUUAAAUGGGACUUCGAGGCAGAGCCUGAUGACUGCGCUCCUGUGGUGGUGGAGCUUCCUGAGGGCGUGCAGGUGGACUAA